GGCGCGGGUAGAGCCGGCGGGCUGGACCGCGGCCCCUCCGGUACCGGCUCCGUGCGCCGCCGAGCCGCCGCCUGUCCGCGCCGCACGACAGAGGCAGCCAUGGGCAAGCACAGCAGCAAGCUGGCUCCAGAGAUGCUGGAUGACCUGGUGAGGAGCACGGAGUUCAGCGAGCAGGAGCUGAAGCAGUGGUACAAGGGCUUUCUCAAGGACUGUCCCACCGGUAUCCUCAACCUGGAGGAGUUCCAGCAGCUCUACAUCAAGUUCUUCCCCUAUGGAGAUGCCUCCAAGUUUGCCCAGCAUGCUUUCCGCACCUUUGACAAGAAUGGUGAUGGGACCAUCGACUUCAGGGAGUUCAUCUGUGCCCUGUCUGUCACCUCCAGGGGCACGUUUGAGCAGAAACUCAACUGGGCCUUUGAGAUGUACGACCUGGAUGGGGAUGGGAAGAUCACACGCUUGGAGAUGCUGGAGAUCAUUGAGGCCAUUUACAAGAUGGUGGGGACUGUGAUCAUGAUGAGGAUGAACCAAGACGGGCUGACACCCCAGCAACGUGUUGACAAGAUCUUCACAAAGAUGGAUAAGGACAAGGAUGACCAGAUCUCGCUGGAGGAGUUCAAGGAGGCAGCAAAGAGCGACCCCUCCAUUGUCCUCCUCCUGCAGUGUGACAUGCAGAAAUAGAGCCCUGGGGCUCGUGGCUGGACUGGCUGCAGCCAACCUCUGCUCCCCAUGAUGGUUUCCAUCCCCAUUUUCUGCUGAGUGCCCCCAUGCCCACUUGGCCCCAGGCAUGAGUCACGCUCCGUCCCUCCUGCCACCCAUCCACCUGCUCCCAGCUGCGUCCUGGGUAGCCCACAGGCUGUAGUUCUCCCUUGAUGGGCAGAGCCUGCUCUGGGUGUUGCCGGCUUGAGGUUACCCCCAAAUCAACCCUCUCCCAUGCUGGAGCUGGACUCCCUACAGCCAGUGGUGAGCACCUUGGCUCCUCAGGGCCAACUGUUCCCAUGUUCCUGCUGUUUUCUCCCUGCUUUCCCCCACUGCUCCACCUGGCCCAUUUCCUGAUCCUAAAUGAAACCAGCUCUUUCCACCUUUCCGCUGAUCCCUUCCUCAUUGCUUGUGAUGCCUCCAAGGAGGCUGAAAAGCCCCAAGUCCUGGCCCUCAUCUCUUCUUCACCUUCAGUUCUCUGCAAGGCUUCCCAGAGGGGCCAGGGCUGGCCCCAGGGUGCUGGGGAGCUCAGACAGGGUGCUGCACCCUCCUUGAGGGCUCACUACCUUGGCUCUCUCUGCCCACCUUUAGCUUUUCCACCUCUGCUUUUGCUUUUUGCUGCUGGGAAUGGCCAGGGUUGGUCAGAGGACUUUAGGGGAGAGCAGAAGUGUCCAUGGCCACUUCUGGAUGUGGCCAGUGUUUGAUCCUAAAAGCCACCUUCUGCCCCAUCACCUGUGUGAGCUGGCAGAGCAAGCAGGUGACCUCCACAACUGCCCUGGCAGCAUCUUGGAUGCUUUGUGGUGGUUUUGGCCUUCCUGGAUAUUGAGGUGAUGCCUGGGGUUCUAAAUUGAAGGCAGGGGCUGCCCAUCUCCUCUGAGGGCUGCCCUGGGGCAAGAUCAGGAGUGUGGGUGUUGAAGGCAUGCCCUGGUGUUGCUUCUGGUGUGUGGCACUACUGUGGGGACUGGUGGGUUCUGGACUGGGGCUGUGGAGAGGUGUGGAUGGGUUCUGUACCUGCUGAGCCUCCUGGCAAGGCUCUGAGGCCACAAGAAACAUGUCUGUCUCCUUCCCCCCCCCAUCCUAGCCUGCUCCCUCCAUCCCUCCUGCCCCAGGACCGGAAUAUCGUCACGGGUCUGUAUUUAGUCUGCACGUUGUGGUGUUGAUGACUGUAAUAUCUGUUAGGAGAUGGUGAAGUUGUUAUCUAUUUUUUUAAUGGAAAAAUAAAC